AUGGGCUACCCAAUAGUUCUUCCCAACGGCGAGGUUACGUGGUACUACUCCAUCAACGCCUUCCAUACGGACUGCCCUUCAUGCGAUGGAAUAAUACCAGCGAAUGAGAAGUCCUGGAAUUGGCAGCAGUAUACAGCUCAGCCGAUAGGCUUCGUAAAUGGUGUUGCAAGCAAUGUUGUCCAUGGUCGUGGACCUUACUGUGCCGCUUGUUUUUACGGAGCUAAAAGGCAGUUUGACCGGAUUAUGUGA